AUGGCCGAUUUUUUGGGCAAACGACCUCCUCCAUCUGCUCUCAAGCAAAAAGACACAAUCCAAUCGGAUAAGUACGAUGAACUUGUCGAUGAAUCGUCAGAUGCAGAUUGUGAGCGGGAGGAGCCCAGUCUCGAAAGGCACCACACAGAGCGGAUUCUCUCGGAAGAGAGCCAAUCACAAAGACAAAUCGCUGCUAUUCAACGAAAGCCUGUGGGAAGCGAUCAAGGGCAGCGCAGACAACAAGGCCGUGCUCUUGUUUCGCUGCUCAGGGAACGAACUCAAGAACGUCUUGACAGACAGAAUCGCGCUCCUCCAGUCGAUGACGAAGAUCGGAGUGCAACACAACGGGCCUUCGUUCCUCUCGGAUUCAAUGUGAAUCAGCACAGAGAACAAAGUCUCGCUCAACUCGAAGGACGGUAUGAUGCUGCUCCGGUCGACGAUGAACACUCGCGCGCAACACAACAGGCCCGCAUGUUUGCAGACGAUCCGGAAUUCCAUAGAACGCAAACACUCGCUAAUCUCGGGGAACACUCGCUUGCAGAACAACAGGCCCACAUGUUUGCAGACGAUCCAGAAUUCCAUAGAGCGCAGACACUCGCUAAUCUCGGGGAACACUCGCGUACAGCACAACAGGCCCGCAUGUUUCAAAACGAUCCUGAGUAUCAUAAAGCGCAUAAUCUCGCAAAUUUUGAGGAACGCUCGCGUGCAGAACAACAGGCCCACAUGUUCAAAGACGAUCCAGAGUUUUAUAGAGCGCAAGCUCUCGCAAAUUUCGAGGAACAUCCACUGACUUCGGGAGAACGAAAUCGUGCUCCUCCAGCUGACAAUCGGGAAUCGCGUGCAAGACAGCAACGAAACCAUCCUCACAUGACAAUCAAUCAGGAGGAUCAGAUGGAGUGGGAUUUAUUUAGACAAAGAAGAGACACGGACCCAAGAGAAUCCAUUUGA